GGCUGGAGCGAAUGUGGAAGGACUGAGUCGAGGGAGGUAAAGUUGCAACAGAUAAAUUAAAAAAAAGCUGCCCUGAGCAGGGAGUGAUGGAAAAAUAUGUGCGGAGGAGGUAGAGACCGCAGGAGGAGGUUUCAUUCCCCACGGCUCCUCUCAGUUUCUCAGGAUUUCCCUCCCUGGACGCUGCUGCUGCUCUAAGUGCCUUCUCUCCAGGGCCAUACUCUUCCAUAUCUGGACCUGGACUUGGACAGUGAAGCGGACAGAAGCACAACACCGAUCCUGAAUGUAACUGUUUAUACCGCUGGGCUAAAAGGUGCUAGGAUGACCAAAGGAUUACCGACAAAGGGAUUUCUUGCCUGACUUAAAUUGUCAGAAGUCCAACAAGUUAAUUUCCCCAUUUUUUGUUCAUCAGAGUUUUCACUUUGCAUGGGAGCCUACUUUUUUGCAUCAUGUCUGUUUUGGAAGAUUACCUCAUCCUCAGUAUUGCUGUUAUGAAUAUUAUCCCAGAUGCCGUGAAGACUAGAUAGUCAGAUUGUCCUCAGUUCGCACAUAAACAGUGUUUGCAGUAUGAUUUUGUUCCAGAGCUGAGGUUUCACAAAUUGCUUGUGUGAUCGGCGCAUAUAAUGGGGUAAUUUAUUUAUACCCGCCUAUGUUGUUUUGCCAUUUAAAGGCAUGGAAGAUAAGUAUCGCAUGUUGUGUUUUCUGACUUUGUGUAUUUCAAUAAGUCGCUUGCAUUCACCUGGACUCUCUCCCACCUAAUGGGAGCAUAAUUCUGAAAAUGGACUUCGAGGCUGUAAUCGAGUUCUUUGCUUUGCCCAAACGACGUUUUUAUUUAAAACCAAGAUGUGAUUCAUGAGUGUAAACUAUGAGGCGAGGACUGAUAAUAGCUGUUUGGAUUAAGACGAUGAGCAGUAACUUGUGUCUUUGCCAGUCCGAGCUCCUGAGUGUGUGUAUGCAGGAUGAAAGUCUGGAAAGUGACUCUUAACGUCUCCUUUAAUGCACUGUAAUAAAUGGCUCGUGACACAACCCCCAUUUUCCCUCAUGGGUCCGGAGAGGGAGGUUUUCCAUAUAUGUCGACUUCCACGUAUUUUCCACUUCAGCAUCAGUGUUGACAUUAGAGCAGCCUUCAUCCAGCUCACUGGCCUGGUUCUCAUGCUGCGUCCUGGGCCUGGAAACAAACCCAUGCUGCCACCCACCAACCAGACUGAAUCCUGUCCCGUCCUGGUCCGUCCCUGUUGAAAACCCUUGUUGUUGACUAGCCUGGCCCCUGGCUUCCUAUCGUCGCUCUCCCCGAGACCAGGCCUUCUCGUGCAGGCUCGGCCCUGAGUGGGCCCCCCCCUCCCUUGUCCUGCAGUCAUGGGGAUCCAGGGCAUGGAGCUGUUUGCCAUCGGAGUGGUCAUCAUCCUUUUCAUGGCAGUUCUCAAGCAGUUUGGCAUCCUGGAGCCCAUGUCCUCGUUUGAAGAUGACAGCAGCGACAGUGACUUGGAGCUGUCGACAGUGCGUCACCAGCCGGAGGGGCUGGACCAGCUGCAGGCUCAGACCAAGUUCACCAGGAAGGAACUUCAGUCUCUGUAUCGCGGCUUCAAGAAUGAGUGUCCCAGCGGGCUGGUUGAUGAGGAGACAUUCAAGACCAUCUAUUCUCAGUUCUUUCCCCAAGGAGACGCAAGCACCUACGCUCACUUCCUGUUCAACGCGUUUGACAUCGACAGAAACGGUUCUAUCCGCUUCGAGGACUUUGUCAUCGGCCUGUCAGUGUUGCUCCGAGGUUCCGUCACUGAGAAGCUCAACUGGGCCUUUAACCUCUACGACAUUAAUCAGGACGGCUACAUCACCAAAGAGGAGAUGCUGGCGAUUAUGCAAUCAAUCUAUGACAUGAUGGGGAGAUACACCUACCCGUGUGUGCGAGAUGAAGCGCCGUCCGAACACGUGGACAAGUUCUUCCAGAAAAUGGACAAAAAUAGAGAUGGUGUCGUGACCAUUGAAGAGUUCAUUGAGACCUGUCAGAAGGACGAGAACAUCAUGAACUCCAUGCAGCUCUUUGAGAAUGUGAUAUGAGGAAUUGAGACGCUUUUUUUUCCUCCAUUCGCCCUCGUCCACCACUGACACACACACCCAUGCACAUCAAAACUCCACACGAAGGCAUGACAUCCUGGCGCAUGAUGUAGGUGCUGUAAAGUGUUCUCUUUUUCUCACCGCGCUCUUUUAGCUGUAUCUCCCACCUGCGUCUGGAUUAAAAAAGGACUGUUAGAGACUGAAGAAGAGCUUCCUGGGUCAAAUUCCCAUCUAAAACCCAAUGGGUUUUUUGAGCUUCUUGUGUUUUUAUCGUCAGACAAAAAAGAUCAACAACCAACCAGGAGGAGAGAUACACACCAGGACACAAGCUUUAACACUUCCACACCUUGUCUUUCUCUCUGACACACACUCACACACAUUGUUUCUCUGUCAUACACACUCACAUAGAUCAGCUUGAAUUUUCACACUGGAUGAAGUGAACAUAGAGAAGCACGGGGGGGAGAAAACCCACAGCAGACAGAAAAAAGAGGAAUGAAUUAAAAGCAUGUUUGUCCUCAAAUAUGUGAUGUGGAGUAAGCUUGCACUACAAUUUUAUGACUGUGUAUUAUAUGUGCCUGAAAUGAAGGCACUGUAAAUACCUGCACCUGAUAUACCACUGAUGGAAACCAGUGUGUAUGUAUAUAUGUAUAGUGAAUAGUUAUAUAUCCUACAUUGUAUUGGUCUCCUCUGUACUGCAGUAGCUGAUGGAAUAGGACCAGAACUGCAAAUCUCUGUGUUAAUCAGUUUAACAUUGUGUUUAGUGGCAGUUCUUCACAGAAUUUAAAUGCGUUAUUCAAAGAUUUCCUUUUUUUUGUAUUUUGUCCGAUUAUUUUUAGCUGGUCAGAUGAAGUAAAGUGAGUCUGUGCGAUACAGUAAAGACACAAAGGGACUGUUAGAGUGUGAUCUUUCCUGCUGAAUUAAGGCUUUAUCUUGGUUCCUGGGUAUCUAUGAGCAUGCUGACUUUAAGUGCCACAGUAUUAUGUACAGUACAGUAAGACCUUUGUGAUGUCAGUUCAUUAAAGAUGCUGUCGAAAGCUG